CAAACACAAACUAGGAACUGAGUAAUUUUGUGCUCCGAAAAAAUUCGUGAAAAAUCGUGUGAAAUAUAUAAAAAAGUUUUCGAAAACCAUAUCAGUAUGCUGUUAAAAGUCUAUGGAUCAAAUCAGUGAAGAAUUCUGAUGAUUUAAUAUAAUUUGAUAGUGUUUUUUUGGCAGUCAUUCUGGCUUCCAACAUUCAUUGAGUAUAUAUAAUGGCACCGCGACGAAAAAAAACUACAGCUAAGAAAAAGCAAAAUAAAGCAAUUGAAGAAGAAGUUAAUAUUGCUGAAGAAAUACCUCAGCCGAAGAAUGCAGGUGAAAAAGUAACCAACAGAGAACGUAGAAUGUUCCAGUCUCCGGCGGCACAAUCCGUCGUAGAGGAUGAUUCCGUUAUAAUGUUGUCAAGUGCAGAGAACACACUGGUGACCGUGGACGAUUCUUCGCUGAUGAUGUUGACUGCAGGCGCGAUAUUGCGACCCUCAACACGGCUGAGCAACAUAGAUAUGACUUUGGAAGAGACGGUGGAAUCAACCAGUCGUCAAAGCGCAAAAUCGUUCGGACCAGAAGAUACUAAUAUGAGCAUAAUAAAUAUUAUUCAAACACCCGGCGUGCAUCGAGACAGGCCAAAGUCUUCGGUUGCUAUUCGUCGUACGGGAGGAUCUAUGGCCGGUGGAGAGCGAGAUAGUUUGGCACGACCCAUUAGAAAUCGUAGUAUGAAUCGAAACAUAUUUUCGGGAGAUUUUGUAAUGGUAACGAAACGACGAAACAAAGUGGUAUCCAGAAGUACACGGCAUGCAGAACAAGAACUUGAAACCGUGCGAGAAAACAGUGCGAUUGAGGACCCGGAAACCCGUACGCAAGAGAUCGAUUUGAACAAAACGCCGAUAGACAACGAAAAUGUUGUUCCUUCGAAUCAUAUUGAAACAAGGUCAACUGCUAAGAAAAAAGAAACGGCCCCAUCAGUCAGAACAAGAUCGUCUUCAAGAGAUAAAACGUUGAGAACUCCAAAUAUAAAUGUACGAACGAGAGCAUCUUCUGCUGUUAAGUCUAGAACUGCAACUACGGGAAAACGUCAAAAUGCUACUAAACAAAGUUUGAAGGAGUCGACAGAAAAAUCGACAAAAAAUAAACGGAAUGUGAAACCUAAGACGCGAUCGAAGAACAUCUUGGAAUCCGACAAAUCUUUAGAACCAUUGCCAAAUAUCGAUACGGUUUCAACUGAGGAAACUAGUAAUGACGAAUCUCAACGACAAAAGAGAAAUUCCGAACAGCUUGAAAUUGAUUCAAACGUACCUUUGGAUACGGCAAAAGUUAUUGACGAUGAACCUUCUAGUUUGGAAAAACAAAGUUCCGAUCAACAAAAUGCAAGCGAUGAUGCGAAUAAGCAGUCUCCAAAUGUGACACAGGAAAAACCUACAAAGAAUGAACGGACUGCCAGGUCUAAGACCCAGACGAAAAAACAAUCGAAAACGAUUUCCUCUGCCGCGUCCAAAAUAGCCAGUACGGUUUUAUCGGAAGAAAUAAUGAAUGUCACAACAGAACAUCAUAAAAAUGAUUCAAAAUUGUCUGUAGAUAUUGCAAAAGUUAUUGACGAAGAAUCUACGGGUUUGGAUAAGCUUGACUCAGACAAACAAACAGCGGACGAUAGCGUUUUAAAGACGCCGGGAACGAAUCAAUUUUCUAACAUUUCCACCAGAAGACGUCCCAAACUGUGGCAUAACAAAGAAAAUGACACACAAAAGGGUUUCGUUUCUGCUGCGAUACGCAAACCAUUGGAAGAUAUUCAAAACAAACUGGUUUCAGAUAGGACAAGCAUAAACCGGUUGGACCUUCGCAAAACGCUACAAUCCGAGAGCUUCAGAAAAACUACCGAAGAAAAUUUGUUCAAAUCGCCCACUGUUGAUGUGUUUUCGCAUGUUUCAAAGCGUAGACGUCCUAAACCGGGUCACGAUCACAGUCAAAACACAUCGUCCUCCUCAACAGCAUCUAGCGAAACGAUGCCAGAAAAACGACCGCGCACUGAAUCGGUGCCGAGCGAAAGUUUUUCCAACAGUGACAAAUCAAGAAAUCGGUCCCAAUUCGUAUCGCCGGUCAGUCAAAAUCUGUCAUCGAAGGAAGAAAAUGUUUCACCCAAGGCGCACUCUGACAAUCCGAAAAACUCAGAAUCUACACCGGAAGCAACAGCACCGACAAGCCGUUAUCGCACAAGAUCUGCAUCCAGGGGUCGAACAGCGUUGGCACCAAAACAACCGAAGUGUCCCUGCUGCAUUAAUUCACUUGUGAAGCAUUCUCCAAAAGCAAACGCAGUUCCAGUUCCAGAAUCAAGAGUCGCGCGUGGUCGCCCUCGAACACGAAGAAAUAUUGAAGCUGAACAGCGUCAUAAUCGUUCUCGGAACGAUGCAGUCAAUCGCACUGAGCCCACUGACACUAAUGUAGAACCAUCUAGAAGUAAUAGAAAAGAUAAGCAAUCAAACUCCGAAGCCGGCAAACCAAGCAGUCGGGCACGAAGUAAAUCAGUACUACGCAACGCAAAGGAGAUUAGCACCAAAAACAUUACAACUCCCCGCAGUAGUUCGGUUCCGCGCGGGGUUCUCUUAUCACCCGGCAUCCAGAGACAAGAUAAUUGCAUCGCCGUAGAUGAAUCAUCGUCCCACGUGCCAAUAUAUCGUCGUUACGCGGAAGACGUCGCUCUAACCCGAUCGGUAAGUGUGGCCAGCCUGACAGCAUUACCACCACCGGAACCCAUCCCAGCGGACGGAGACAUCUAUGCAUUCGAUUCUCCCAGUCAAACGCCCGUAGCAGCAAUGGUGGGAACAGGAAAAAAAGCCAGCACAGUCAGCAAAAAGCCUCGGAUGCCUCGCAAGAAAAAAGCCACACCAGCUAAAAAAGCAUCGCACUGUGUGUUCGGAACCGACAUGGGACGCAUUAGGGAAGUAGUGAGAAAGAUCGGCGGAGGCCCAGUUCGGCAGCAUCCCGAUGGAAAGGACACGAUGGUGGACACUGCAAUUGUCGAAUUCUCUGAACAACCACUCAAUCCUCAAAUGGUUCAGAUUCAGCAUAGAAAUUCCCGCGACGUAUCACCGGUCUCCAACUAUGACGAUCACCAUAAUAAUUAUGAUGAUUUCGAAAACAUCCCAACUGGCAGGGAACCCCCAAGCGCACCGGUGUCUGCCCGAAAACAUGCUCCUCCCAUCCGACGGGUGUUGCAGGAGAAAUCUCUAGCAGUUUCAACACCGGAUCAAACACAACCCAACGUAACAAUGAAUUUUUCUCCACUUGGAGCAUCCUCCCCGUGGAGAGUACAAAACGAGAACAUUCUACCGAAGACGUUCUACUUUUCCCGCUCGAAAGAUCUACUACCAUCGUAUGAGAGUGACAUUGUAAUUCGACAUGCCGACAACCGCCCGAAAUCUCCGGCUAGGGGACUUAUCGAAUUGGUGGCGGAUCCCGCGGCACCACCGCGAAAGACCUCUCCGACACAUUCAUCAAUGCCACGGCCAACUCAUGCUGUUGGUUUGUCACCAUCCAAAUCGGCAGCCAUGUUCCAAGAUAUUCAAAAAUCAUACGAACAACUGAAAGUAACCAGUGAAAUGAGCGAAAAGCUUAUCUCUGCAAUGCGAAAGUACAAAUCGAACACUCAAAAUCACAACUCUUUGUUCAGCAAAGGACCCGACGGGUUGUCGGAGGAUGAACGAUUAAUAGCCAAGUUCCGAGAGUACGAAACUAACAUGAAGAAGACAUAUCUGAAGCUAAAACAGUGGUAUGAACGAUCUCAACGUGUUCUGAAACAAUCGAUUCAGGCCAUCGAAACAGUUUCCACUUUGCCAAAAACUUCGGCUCAGAAAGAGGUUUUGCAAAAUUUUCAUCGUCACUCGGAACAGUUCGUGACGAUGAUCAACGAGCUGGAAUGCGCAAUGAACGACUCAAACGUUGAGAACGUCGCCCCUCCCAAGUCAGGUGGUACAAAAGAUCCUCACGUAUUCAAAGAAAUCAUUCUAUCCGAAAGGGAUUUCAACAAUCCAAACCGAAGUCCACUGAAAUCAUUGGAUAUUAUCAGUAUGCCGCCUAAUCAUUCUCCCGUUAAAUCCCCUCUGGUGAAAGCUUCGUACAGUGCAUUCUCCUCGAACAACAGCAACAAAAAUUCCCUCACAAAAAGCCGUGAUCGAUUUAGUAAAUUGAGUCUGGUGAAGCACCAAAGCUUUCAUCCAGCUCCAACUCAAUCUUUAGCAGGACCAAGUGUACUGGAUAUUGGCAACCAAAUUGAACCGACUACAAAUGCUAACUGUUCCUUAGUUUCCACUACUUCUCUGGCUGGCCCCAACGAAACACAGCCAAAUAAAGAUCUGUUUGGAUUCGAAGAAGACGUCAAUGAAGAUUUCUUCACUGAACCAACAGCGGUAAACAUAACUAAAGAUACUUUGAAGGUACGACUGCAGAGUGCACGCAAAAUGCUACCGGCACGACCACCUAGUCGAAGUAGACGAGGCCCCACUACUAGAGGUGUAUCUCGAAUACCCAAAAUCAUCGGAAGUCCAACCAAGUUACGAUCGAUUCAUAGUGCAUUAAGUUCUUCCACACCGGUGGCUAACAACCGGAAACAAACCAAGCAGGUUGUUGAGCCGGAACCGGAGCCAAAUGUUUCCGCUAUUGUCGAUGAUCGGGAACCCCCCAAAGGAAAAGAGAGUCCACCGGUAGUACUGUUCGCAGAACCAGAAGUGCCAUCAAUGUCACAGAGCUGCGUUAACCGAACGUACAGCCGAAUCCCAAAGCGCAACCUCCGACGAAAGCAGAACAUCUAUUUAGCAGGCCUUGGCCUUAGCGAUGACGACGACGACGACGUAGAGGUUGAAAUUGAUUCAGAUGCAUCUACCGCUGCGGAUAAAGAUGAAUCCAGUGAAGCAGUACCGCGAAAACGACAGAAAAAACAUACCACCGGCAGUAAGGCAAAGAAAACCGUGGAACAGACGGAGGAGUUCAAAAAAUUUGUAGACGAUUUUAAUAGCAUGUGCGAGGAGGUCAAUCGCUAUCCGUUGAUCGUGGAGCAUUCCAAACAACGAGUUUGAUAGCUCACAGGUGCGCAAGCAACAAGUAGGUGUCCACUCAACGUGCCCGGAACUUGAACCGGAAAAUCUUUUGGCGUAUAUUUUAUACAAGUUUGUUUUUAAAGUUAGUCAACUUUUAAUGCUCGUGGCUUAGACAGUAAGUCUGACAUUAUCAUUUUUUUUAUCCUCGAAGGAGUUUGUUUUUUGGAAAACUUUUACAAUAAUGUGUAUCUUUUAACGUCAUCUGCGUAACACUUUUAUGUGCGUGAUUUUCUUAUAAAAACGCACAAAUAUA